AUGUUGAUGCUCGCCCUCGUUCUUACAGCAACCAACCCCCGUUUGCAAAGCGCAAGCACCAACGCCGCUCAAAUCUUCAACCCGCCUUCACCAUCACCAUCGCUCUCCGAUCCCCCCAACCUCGCUGCUGCCUAUCGGAUUAAUCAUUUCGCCUGA